AUGAAAGGUAUUCUAUAUCCCACCUACCUUACUCGGGUAUCUUCGCUGUCGUAUCCAAAUCUGAAGUACAAGUACCAACCACCAGGAAUCUACGCUUCACUUCGUGAUGUGGAAUUCCACAUGUAUGGUUACUUUAAACACUUUUACAAUAGGGGUUAUGGGUUUUUCGAAUACCUCAGCCUCAUUGCGCAUGCGACGCUCCCACUUCGUUACGCCCUUGGACUUCCGUUUGUUCCCGGACAGCAAUAUCAAUAUCCGUGGCACUUACUAGUUGUCAACGGCCCUCAGAACUUGAAUCUCGCCUCUUCAGUUAAGGUCUACGAGGCCCUCAAUAGCACUUUCUGCUUGGAUGAAGUGAGGGUGCGUCUGGACGAUCAAGAGAACGUCCAACGGUAUUGUGCACUAGGAAGUCCCCUCGACGCGAGAUUCAACGGCCAUCAGAACUUGAAUCUCGCCUCUUCAGUUAAGGUAUACGAGGCCCUCAAUGGCACUUUCUGCUUGGAUGAAGUGAGAGUGCGUCUGGACGGUCAAGGAAACAUCCAAUGCACCAUGGGCCUUCUUUUUUAUGGAGAUUUAUUCCCGCACCCCGCUAAUAUUCAGUUGCCUCUGGAGGAUUUACAACAUUCUCACUCGACCCGAUUUAUA